AACGCAAUCAAAACAGUAACGACCUGUAAGAACUCGAAUCUAUUUUUAAGUAUUUUUGUGAUGUAAAGUCGUCAUUUUUUACCGUUUUUUUGAGAUAAUUUCGCAACUCCCCUUUAAGUUUAGUGUUUAAAUACCACAGAGUAUCAUUUAAACAUGGCAUGGCGACUGGUCGCCCUGUGUGCGCUUCUUUGCAUUUACAACUCCGGUGCUCAACGAGACUACGACCGAGACUAUGGCAGUGAACGAGAACGAAACCGGAAUCGCGAUGACGGCGGUUACAAGCCGAAUUAUCAACCGGGUUACGGGAUCAACAAUCGUUUCAACGUUCCAUCAACUCUGAGACCUUUGAGUGGCAGCACGGAUCGUUUUCCGUCCCGGUUCGAUAAUUCGGAGCCGAAUCGCGAUCUUUCCGGCGCCUCAUUUUACGAUUCCAGUCGUUAUGGGCACAACUACAAUUCUUAUUCGAAUUUCAUUGAUGGCGUGGAUGAGUCGUUUUUCUGUCCCGAACAUUGGAUCACGUAUCGCCAAAGUUGUUAUCGCUUCAUAAAGUCCCCGAAACGCAGUUGGUGGGAGGCCAAACGUAUUUGCGAGGCAUAUCAAGCGAAAGUUGUUGAUGUCGAUAACGUUGAAAAACAUUCUUUCAUCUUGAAACAUCUCAUUUUGCAAGACCAACGACAAAAUCGGUAUUUUGUCUCCGCAAGACGUACCGGACCAACCUCAUGGGUAAAUGAUGACGGAACAGCAUUAGUUGUUAUUGAAGAUGGCAUCAACUACGAUGACGAGCUCAAUGAAAGUCCUGAAACGAAAUAUCGCGGAUAUGAGGGAUUCGACACCGAUUUGCCUGACUUUGAUAAUUCCUUGCAUAAACAAUUCCGCACAACUUCCCGCCGUCCCGACACCUACAACAUUUACGAUCGCUACAAUUUGAACAAAGAUCGCUUGGUUUACGCCUAUUCACGGAGCAAGGAUCGUUGGAUGUUCAUUCCAACGUAUGAGCGGGAACCAAAUUUGUUUAUUUGCGAAUCGCGCCAACUUUACGACAUUAAAAAUGUGGAAAAAAUCGAAGAAGAUAAACGCACAAUUGAAUACGGAAUGGAUUAUUAUGAGGAGGAACGUCUCCCACGAGGACCCUAUUUCAUCAAGCAACCCAGUGACACGACCUAUGACACGGGAAAACGCUUAAUUCGCAACGACGUGUCCAUAGGGUGUCUGGCGGGAGGUUAUCCCACCCCUACGUACUCGUGGUACAAGGAGGAGUACAAAAAUGAUAAUUUAACAUUUAUCAAAAUUGAUCCCCUCACAAAUCCGCGUUAUACGAUCAGCGGCGGCAAUUUGAUCAUUUACAAUCCGCAACAAGACAUGGAUCAAGGAACUUAUCACUGCGUCGCUGAAAAUAAAUUCGGUAAAAUCCUAUCAGAAAGUGUUCAACUGAAUCUCGGAUACAUUUUGGAAUUCAAUUUGAAACGUUCCCCCGAAAAUGGCGAAAUGAAUUGGGGUAAAUCUAUUUACUGCGAUCCGCCGCAGCAUUUCCCCGGAGUCAAAUAUUACUGGUCACGUGACUAUUUCCCGAAUUUCGUGGAGGAAGAUCGUCGAGUCUUUGUCAGUAAUGAUGGAGCUUUGUACUUUUCUGCCUUGGAAUCGAUUGAUCGUGGAAAUUAUUCGUGCACAGUACAAUCGACAGUCUCAGAUACCGGCAGAAAUGGACCAUUUUUCCCAUUACGCGUGAAACCGCAUCCAAACUACCAGACACUUGUAUUUGCCAAUACCUUCCCGAAAGUCUUUCCCGAGGGACCAGUUGCUGGGCAUGAAGUUCGGAUUGAAUGCAUGGCCUUUGGUUAUCCUGUGCCGCAUUACAAUUGGACUCGGAGGGAUGCAGAUUUGCCAAGACAUGCAUACACCCUCAACUAUAAUCGAGUAUUGAUUAUUCCGAAUGCCACAUUGAACGACAAUGGCGAAUACGUUUGUACGGUAUUUAAUGAUCGGAAGACUAUUGAUAAAAGUGUUCAUGUGAAUUUGCAAAUGAAACCAAAUUUCACGAUUCCCCUGAGAGAUAAGAUCAAGGAUCAUGGCGGCGAGGUUAGUUUCAUCUGUGAGGCAAAUGCUGUGCCAGAUGUCAAUUACACGUGGUACAAAAAUGGCGACCUGUUAGAUCGGGAGAGCUUGGAUAAGGAAAAGUACGUGAUACAAGAUAACGUAUUGACAAUCAAGUUUUUGGAUCCAGAUAAGGAUAAUGGAAUGUAUCAAUGUAAAGCCACAAAUCAACUGAGGGGUGUUUAUUCAUCGUCACAACUGAGAGUCCUUUCGCUCAAACCAACUUUCAAAAAGUUCCCCUUAGAGCAGGAGAUUUAUGCAAUUUAUGGCGGGAACACUACCAUAGAUUGUAAACCCGAAGCUGCCCCACGCCCAAAAAUCACGUGGAAAAAAGAUGGCAACGUUUUAGGUCCCGGAGGGCAUCGUCGAAUGAUGCCCGAUGGAAAGCUAAUAAUAUCCCCGACGAGUCGCGAUGACGAGGGAGUUUACACGUGCGUGGCAUCAAAUGUUUACGGAACUGACGAAUCAAGUGCGCGCCUAAUUGUUUUACGUGAAAUACAAUUCUCGAAAUCUUUCGCGCCAAAAAUCCACAAAACGAUCGACGAGUAUCUCUAUCUCACGUGUGAGGUGUACUACGACGAGAUCUUGGAUGUAGCGUAUAUUUGGCAGCAUAAUGGACAGGUUAUUGACCCACACAUGGAUCCGCGUUACAAAAUCGACAAUAACAAUGGCUUGGUCUUACAUAACCUCACAAUUACCGAUACGGGCGAAUAUGAGUGCAUCGCGAAGAGUGCCGUGAACCAAGUGAGUCAGAAAACGAUGGUGAUCGUUCAAGGUCCUCCUGCACGUCCCGGCGGAGUGAAAAUUAUCGAAAUCAAUAAACGUGACGCCAUCAUUGAAUGGGUUGAUGGCGGCAAUAAUGGACGCCCAAUUACGCAUUAUAACGUCUUGGGUCGUACGAAUUGGAACAAAACAUGGACCAAUGUCUCGGAAAUGAUUGAAGAUCGGAAUGUAGAACGUCCUGAUCGCUUUACAGAUCGACGACGCGCCACUGUGCUUAACCUAACGCCAUGGAGUUCGUAUGAAUUUGCCGUUUGCGCGGUAAACGAUCUCGGUAUUGGCGCGCCAAGUGAACCAUCUCCUUCGUAUAGCACAAAGCCAGACAAACCGGAUAUUGCUCCUCGUAAUGUCGGAGGCGGGGGAGGCAAAAUCGGUGACUUGGUAAUUACUUGGGAUCCACUCAGACCGGAAGAACAAAACGCCAAAGGAAUUAAAUACAAAUAUUUCUACCGGAAACACGGUAAAAAGGGCGAAACGGAAUGGGCGAGCGACAUUAAAGAAGGAAAUGUCGGACAAGCUGUUGUUCAUUUCGACAAUAAGGAAACGAUUUAUUACACGAAAUUCGAUGUGAAAGUUCAAGCCAUGAAUGAUUUCGGCGCUGGACCGGAAAGUAAUGUCACAACGAUCUAUUCGGCCGAAGAUAUGCCGCAAGUGGCGCCACAACAAGUUUACGCAAGAGGAUUCAACUCGACCGCUAUAAAUGUGACAUGGGCUCCAGUUGAUCAAACGCGCGAAAAGAUCCGUGGACAGCUGAUCGGGCAUCGUAUCAAAUAUUGGAAGAAGGAUCAUCGUGAGGAAGAUGCCGUUUAUUAUUUGUCACGCACAACGAGACCAUGGGCAUUGAUUGUCGGUCUCGAACCAGAUACGUACUACUUUGUCAAAUCGAUGGCGUACAAUGCAGCAGGCGAGGGACCCGAAUCGGAGCGAUAUAUGGAAAGAACUUACAGAAAGGCGCCACAGAAACCGCCAUCUACGGUGCAUAUUUAUGGCAUUAAUCCGACGACGGUGCGAGUUGUAUGGCGUUAUGUUGCUCCCACGCAAGAAGAAGAACCCAUCGAAGGAUAUAAAGUUCGAAUUUGGGAAAGUGAUCAAGACAUGUCCCGUGCCAAUGACACAAUUAUCCCCGUGGGCAACAAAUUGGAAGCCUAUAUCGACACUCUGACGCCCGGCAAGUCAUACAAGAUGCGUGUGCUGGCAUUCAGCAACGGAGGCGACGGUCGAAUGUCUUCGCCGCCAUUGAAAUUCCAAAUGGGCAUCACUCAGUCGCCAUAUAAUGCAGCAACCACCAUUAAAAUGUGCUCAUCACUCCUUUUACCAGUUUAUCUUUGGUAUUUAGUUCAAGGGAUGUUCAAUUAAUUUCGAAAAAAAAUGUUUCAAUAGCUCAUAGAAGUAGACAAUAGAAGAAUCUCAAGCACAAAAAUGUAAAUAGAAACGGUUUCAGAGUGAAAUAUUUUUGACUCCUUCAGAAAAAAUCAACGAUUGUGGCCUAAUAUCGAAAGAAAAAAAAAUAUUUACAAAAAAAAGUGAAAAAAACUUUACAAACGCAGCAAAAUGCCUUAUCAGUAGAGAAACUUCGUCCAUUUUAAUUUUACAAAAAGUAGUUUUUAAGGAUGGUUUGCUAAAAAUGUGUAACUUAAAUAGAUUUUUACAUUUUUUUAUUUAGCAAAUCUUUUUUUUUUUAAUCAAAA